GACGCACCCACCAACCGUCGUCCGGUUCGAUCGAUCGUUAAAAGCACCGGAGAGCGGACAGCGAACGAACGAACGGACACGCAACGAGCAAGUCGAUCACCGAGAGAUAUGCGAGGAAGCGUGCGUUAGGAGAAGGGAAGAAGGUUACUUCUUGAGCGAAGCUUAUUCCUCCUCCUCCUCUUCCCGUCUUCUCUCUUUUUUUUGUGCUCCAUUCGAUAUCCAAUUCCUGCUUGUUUGGUUUGAUUGAUUGAUUGGAUUUGUUUGGCUGAGCUUGGGUUUCGUGAGGCCAUUGGGUUUGCAUACGUUGCUGGGACCGAGGUGCGAGCGCCUUGAUUGUGAGAUUGAUUGAAUCAUCACCACCACCACCCACCACCGUCGCCGCGCGAGUCCAUUGACGACAAACAACACUCCACACCACACGAGCAAUAUCCCAUCUCGAAUUCCAACCGCCAAGCUCACCAACCCACCCACCUUCAUCGACACACACACACACACCCCCGCACCCGCCCAGAUGCCCAAACACCGCGCCUCAACAUCCACAACCAUGGACCUCGUCUCCCUCGACGGGCGCUCCAAGUCCUCUCGCCCCCCGUCAGAAACAGACGGCAGCGGCAGCAGCGGCAAGGCCGAGGAGGGCGGCGCCGCGUCACAUACGCUCCAUGAACGGGGUGCGCAGAAUGGGGAUACGCAGGCGAAUUCGUCGGGGUUUAGGGAGAGGGCUGGGGAGGCGGCGUUGAGGCCACUGGAGGGGUGGAGGUUAGGCGGUGUUACGACUGCAUUAUUGCUUGGCCUUUUCCUCGCGACACUCGAGACGUCGAUUACAGCUACGGCACUGGUGUCUAUUGGGGAGGACUUUUCAGCUACGACUACUACUACCUGGGUUGUGAUAUCCUACCUCCUCUCAUAUAUGGGCUUCGCCGUAAUCUUCGCCCGCAUCUCCGACGGCAUCGGCCGCAAAGGCGCCAGCAUCCUCGCCUGGAUUCUCUUCGCCGCCUUCUCCCUCGGCUCCGGCCUGGCCACAAACAUCAACCAGCUUAUCGCCUUCCGCACCCUCCAAGGCAUCGGCGGCUCAGGCCUCUUCUCCCUCUCCAUGAUCGUCCUCCCGCAAAUCACCCCCGUCAAGCUCUGGGCCCUGAUGUCCUCCUUAGUCGGCAUGUCUUUCGCAUUCUCCUACGUCCUCGGCCCUAUCCUGGGUGGUGUGAUAACGCAUAAUUCCACGUGGAGGUGGAUAUACCUCUUCAACGCCCCCGCCGCCGUCCUCGGCAUAGGCCUAAUCCUCAUCGCCUGGCCCGCGCAAGCGGACCGCAAAAACCGCCUCUCCACCUCCAUCGCCCAAAUGGACGUCCUCGGCGCAUUCCUCCUCCUCGUCGCCACCGUCCUUUUGGUAUUCGCCCUCCAACAAGCCGGCUCCCAAGAAUACGCCUGGAGCAGCCCCGUCAUCGUCGCCACGCUCACCAUCUCCGCCGCAUCAUGGGUAGCCUUCAUCGCAUGGAUCGUGUAUCUCGAGAGCGGUCGGUCCGGGCUGCGGAUUAAAGCGAUCUUCCCCCUCUCAAUAGCUUUGAAGCGACCAACAGGCCCCGGCAUCCUCUCCUCCCUCAUCGUGGGGUUUCCCUUCUUCAUGAUCCUCAUCAACCUCCCCAUCCGCUUCCAAGUCGUGAAUAACGACAGCAGCGUCAUGGCUGGGAUCCACACGCUCCCGUUCCUGGGCGGGGUAGCUCUGGGCACCACGCUGGGGGGCGGGAUCGCGACACGCAAAAAUUUGACUGCGCAUGCGCUUAUUUUUGCGACGGCGCUGACGUGUCUCGGGUCGGGGUUGUUGUCGACGACGGGGGAUGGGCUGAGGAUCCCGAGGGCGCAGUAUGGGUAUCAGGUUAUUUUGGGGACGGGGUUCGGGUUGGCGUUUACGAGUAUUACUAUGAUGAUGGCGUUGGCUCAUGAUUUUGAUACUGUUGCCGCCGCUCAAGGCGCCGUAGGCCAAUCCCGCGUCCUCGGCGGCUCCAUCUCCCUCGCCAUCGGCACCAUAAUCCUCAACCGCCACCUCCGCGCCCUUCUCACCCACGCCACCUCCCCCCUCUCCCUCCCCCAGCUGUCCUCUCUCCGCGCCUCCCUAGCUGCAUUACCGAGUUUCUCGGAAGGGCAGCAGGAAGCGGUCAGAGCGGCGUACGCGAGCGCGUUUAGAGAGCAGAUGAGGGUUUGUGCGUUUGUGCUUGUGGGGGGUGUGGUGGUUACGGGGUUAACGUGGCAGAGGCACCCGAGGAGUGUGGAGGAGAGUAGGGAGAGACAGAAGAGGUUGGCGGAGAUGCAGAGGGGUGGGAGGGGGGGGGAGGGGACGGCGUAGUGGUCUCGGACGCCUCUUGUUCGUUUCUCUGUGUUUUUGAGUCAGCCUUUUUUUUUUUGGCUUAUUGUGGUGGUUGGGAUGCAUGUUUUUGCAUACCUUUACCCCGUUCCGUUCCGGCUGAGUGCCGAGUACAUCUAGCGACUUGUCUUCGUCUAUUUUUUUACUAUCAUCACCUACAUCAUCAUCACAUAUAACAUCACAUCACCACAACAACAUCACCACAACAACAUCACACACAUCACCACAUCACACACAUCAUCAUUUACUUUACAUCGGCGUUCUCAGGACGGGGUCAUCACAAAUCGGGGUUCAACGGGGGUACAACUUGGGAUUAUCGGGUUCGUUCGGUCAGGGACCGGUCGCGGUCGGGGUUGGAGGAAUCAAUCGUGUGUAUAGCAUAUGUCUUUCUUGUUUAUUCUAGCAUUUAGUUUGUUUGUAGUCUGAGGGGGGAG